CUAUCUCUUUGCUAAAAAUGGGUAUUUUCCCGUUGUGCCCUAAAAAAAUAUCUUCUUCCUCAUGGCGUUUCUUCUCCCUCUCACCGACGCAAGCGCAAACCCCGUCGUCAAACCCCGACCCUUUCGUUGGACGAUCAGCGGCGCGGUGGAUUCCCGCAAGAGACCCCCGGCCCGGUGCCCUGCCCGUGGUCUGGUCAAGGACGAGGCCCUGGGGAGGGUGAUUAGGGUUUGUGACCCUCUGUGCGGUGCCGGCAGCAGCUUCGUCCUGUCUCCAAUUCUUUCCUUUCCACUCCUCGGUAGCGCUUCGCCUUCUUCGCCUCCGUCUCCCUCACUCAAGCCGCAGCAGGAGAGGGACGAGGAGGAGGAGAAGCAGCAGUAUUAUGUUAACAUGGGGUAUGCAAUUCGAUCCUUGAGAGAGGACUGUCCUGAUAUCUUCCAGCGGGAACCCAACUUCAGCAUUUAUAGGGAUGAUAUUGUCUUCAAAGAUCCUUUGAACUCGUUUGUUGGUAUUGACAAUUACAAACGUAUAUUCUGGGCAAUAAGAUUCACUGGGCGUGUUUUGUUCCGAGCUCUAAGUAUUAAUAUCGUGAGUAUAUGGCAGCCUGCAGAGAAUGUAAUAAUGGUUCGCUGGAUUGUUCAUAGUGUUCCUAGGGUGCCUUGGGAGAGUCAUGGCCGGUUUGAUGGGAACUCUGAAUACAAACUUGAUAAGAAUGGAAAGAUCUAUGAACAUCGCGUGGACAAUGUUGCUCUUAAUACACCAACUACGUUCCGGGUAUUGCCUGUAGAGAAGCUGAUUCAAUUGCUUGGUUGCCCAUCGACACCAAAACCGACAUAUUUUGAGACAUCAUUGUCGAAUGGCAUUUCUUGCUUGCCCUUGUUGUUUAGAUUCUCAUGGAUCAGAUCCUACUUAGCUCUUCACCUAGUUUUUGCUUACAGAUGUGCCGCAAAGGGCUGAAAUAUCUCUGUACCCCUAUACCACACCUAUCCGCUGGCUGUAUUGGGAUUUUGUUUAGUAGAUAGAACGCAUUAUCUGUAUAUAUAUUCAUGGGAUUGUUGCAUAUGCUGAGAAAGAAAUGUAACAUGGAAAUUAAUAAUGAGAUGCUGGUAAAAUCUUUGAUACCAAUAUUAGCAUUUUCCUUGA